UUCCACGAUUCCCCUCAACAGAAGCCUGUUUUCUCAGAUGCUUCUCCAAGUCCCCAAGAAAACAGCAAUCUUCACUAUCCCGGAGGCCUUCAAAGAGAGAUUAGAAGUCAGGAGGAGCCAAUCUGGGGUAAUGGCUCAGGCUUCACUUGCUUGUCUGGGACCCAAAAACAAGACAGAAAAGUCUGGAAGCUGGAGGCUAAGGGAGCGGCAGUGGAAGACUACAACUCCCAUCAUGCUCCGGUGCAGCGACGCCUGCGCACUGAGCGCCGGUUGCCCAUGCGGCCCUAGGGCUGGGAGCGCCGCGCCGCGCUCCGCUGCGGGGGAGGCCAUGGCGGAACCUUCCCAGGCCUCGACCCCGGCCCCGGCCACGCAGCCCCGUCCCCUUCAGUCUCCAGCCCCUGCCCCAACUCCGACUCCUGCCCCCAGCCCGGCUUCAGCCCCGACUCCGGCUCCCACUCCGGCACCAGCCCCCGCCCCAGCUGCAGCGCCAGCCGGCAGCACAGGGACUGGGGGUCCCGGGGUAGGAAGUGGGGGGACCGGGAGCGGAGGGGAUCCGGCUCGACCUGGUCUGAGCCAGCAGCAGCGCGCCAGCCAGAGGAAGGCGCAAGUCCGGGGGCUGCCGCGCGCCAAGAAGCUUGAGAAGCUAGGGGUCUUCUCGGCUUGCAAGGCCAAUGAAACCUGCAAGUGUAAUGGCUGGAAAAACCCCAAGCCCCCCACUGCACCCCGCAUGGACCUGCAGCAGCCAGCUGCCAACCUGAGCGAGCUGUGCCGCAGCUGUGAGCACCCCUUGGCUGACCACGUGUCCCACCUGGAGAAUGUGUCAGAGGAUGAGAUUAACCGGCUGCUGGGUAUGGUGGUGGACGUGGAGAAUCUGUUUAUGUCUGUUCACAAAGAGGAGGACACAGACACUAAGCAGGUCUAUUUCUACCUCUUCAAGCUCCUGCGGAAAUGCAUCCUGCAGAUGACCCGGCCUGUGGUGGAGGGCUCCCUGGGCAGUCCCCCAUUUGAGAAGCCUAAUAUUGAGCAGGGUGUGCUGAACUUUGUGCAGUACAAGUUUAGUCAUCUGGCUCCUCGGGAGCGGCAGACGAUGUUUGAGCUCUCCAAGAUGUUCCUGCUCUGCCUUAACUACUGGAAACUUGAGACACCUGCCCAGUUUCGGCAGCGGUCUCAGGCCGAGGAUGUGGCUACCUACAAGGUCAAUUAUACCAGAUGGCUUUGCUACUGCCACGUGCCCCAGAGCUGUGACAGCCUCCCCCGCUAUGAGACCACUCACAUCUUUGGGCGAAGCCUCCUCCGUUCCAUCUUCACGGUGACCCGGCGGCAGUUGCUGGAGAAAUUCCGGGUGGAGAAGGACAAGCUGGUGCCUGAGAAGAGGACCCUCAUCCUCACCCACUUCCCAAAAUUCCUGUCCAUGCUGGAGGAGGAGAUCUAUGGGGCAAACUCUCCGAUCUGGGAGUCCAGCUUCACCAUGCCACCCUCAGAGGGGACCCAGCUGGUGCCCAGGCCGGCUACAGUUAGCGCGGCAGUCGUUCCCAAUGCCCCCAUCUUCAGCCCCACCAUGGGUGGGGGCAGCAACAGCUCCUUGAGCCUGGAUUCUGGAGGGGCCGAGCCCAUGCCAGCAGGUGAGAAGAGGAAGCUCCCAGAGAACCUGACCCUGGAGGAUGCCAAGCGGCUUCGCGUAAUGGGCGACAUCCCUAUGGAGCUGGUCAACGAGGUCAUGCUCACCAUCACUGACCCUGCCGCCAUGCUGGGGCCUGAGACGAGCCUGCUGUCAGCCAAUGCAGCCCGGGACGAGACUGCCCGCCUGGAGGAACGCCGCGGCAUCAUCGAGUUCCACGUCAUCGGCAACUCGCUGACGCCCAAGGCCAACCGGCGCGUGUUGCUCUGGCUUGUGGGGCUACAGAACGUGUUCUCCCACCAGCUGCCGCGCAUGCCCAAGGAGUACAUCGCCCGCCUCGUCUUUGACCCGAAGCACAAGACUCUGGCCUUGAUCAAGGAUGGGCGGGUCAUCGGUGGGAUCUGCUUCCGCAUGUUUCCCACUCAGGGCUUCACGGAGAUUGUCUUCUGCGCCGUCACCUCAAAUGAGCAGGUCAAGACGCCCCUUCCUCUGCCAGUUGCCUUUCGUCCUCCCUGUCCUGGGUCCCCGGGCUGUCCCGUUCUCCUAUCCAGUCUGCUCUCCGCUCUGGGCCCCUCUGCUAAGCCCUGCUCCCCUCCCCCGCAGGGCUAUGGGACUCACCUGAUGAACCACCUGAAGGAGUAUCAUAUCAAACACAACAUUCUUUACUUCCUCACCUACGCAGAUGAGUAUGCCAUUGGCUACUUCAAAAAGCAGAUUGAGCCCACACAACACAGAGCAUUGUACCAGCUACCGCAGAAGGGCUUCUCCAAGGACAUCAAAGUGCCCAAGAGCCGCUACCUGGGCUACAUUAAGGACUAUGAGGGUGCAACGCUGAUGGAGUGUGAGCUGAAUCCCCGGAUCCCCUACACGGAGCUGUCCCACAUCAUCAAAAAGCAGAAGGAGAUCAUCAAGAAGCUGAUUGAGCGCAAGCAGGCCCAGAUCCGAAAGGUCUACCCGGGGCUCAGCUGCUUCAAGGAGGGUGUGAGGCAGAUCCCUGUGGAGAGUGUCCCCGGCAUUCGAGAGACGGGCUGGAAGCCACUGGGGAAGGAGAAGGGGAAGGAGCUGAAGGAUCCAGACCAGCUCUACACAACCCUCAAAAACUUGCUGGCCCAGAUCAAGUCGCACCCCAGCGCCUGGCCCUUCAUGGAGCCCGUGAAGAAGUCCGAGGCCCCUGACUACUACGAGGUCAUCCGCUUCCCUAUCGACCUGAAGACCAUGACGGAGCGACUGCGCAGCCGCUACUACGUCACCCGCAAGCUCUUCGUGGCCGACCUGCAGCGCGUCAUCGCCAACUGCCGCGAGUACAACCCUCCGGACAGCGAGUACUGCCGCUGCGCCAGCGCCCUGGAGAAGUUCUUCUACUUCAAGCUCAAGGAGGGGGGGCUCAUCGACAAGUAGCGCCUGGCUUUGGGCCGCAGCCCCGACCUGGACUGUCUCCGCCUCGGGUUCUGAUCCGAUUGCGAGGGGCGGCCCUGGCGCCCACGUGCCUCUCAGCUUGAGACACUCCAGCCCCCGGGCCCUGCAGCCCUUUCUGGAUCCGCGGGCGCCCCCACGCCUGCAGACUGAGCUUUCGUCGUAUCUGGCCUUGGGGAGGGGUCUCCGGGGGCUGGGGUUCAGCCCCUCUGAAGUGGCUGGUGGCUAAGGAUAAGCCCUGCCCAGCCCCGGUGGCCCCCAGCCCUGUCCCCACAGAGCCGUGGAGUCCAGCCCACUGUUUCCUCAAGGGUCGGGACUGCCCAUUUUAGCUUGAGGGAGGGGGCUCCAGUGUUUGGAAGUCCAACUGGGACUGGAGGGGCCAAGCCUCACCCCUCACCCUGCACUGUUCUGUCUGUCCCCCAGGGGUGGGGGGCCUGGGGACCAUUUCCUGGCAUUAAUCCCUCAGAGGGAACAAUAAAGCUCUUUUUUUUUUCUCUG